GCGCUUUGCCACAACGAUCAUGGCUCAAGGCAGCCCAGCAGGCUACCAUCAUGGCACCGUCAACUUGACUCGGAUUUGGCAAGGACAACAAAGCUGGCGACAAUAUGGCUCGCUACUAAAGCUGAUGCCACGGCCGCCACGCGGUGCUGAAGCGUAGAUGUCGCUCUGGCCCUUGCCUCCUGGCCUUUCCUGGCCAUAGUUGGGACAUAUCAGACUCGAGAGACCUUGCCGCAGUACCUGCUAUCAGAGAAUCUUCGACUACAUCGCUAUAGCGGAAACUUACAAGCCAUGGAUAUCGACCAUCCGGACGGCGCUCCGAAGGAGCCCAGCUUCAAUGGCCAGCUACGGAUCCGCGAUUUCAUGUUCUCUCCGUCGCCGGGUACGGGGGCCGGAUCCGGAUUGCACACGGACAGCGAUACCGGCCCUUCUGCAUCACCACGAAGACAGAGCCCUCGACUGCUGGCAGGCUCAGGGCGGGCAAGCCUGUCGCCGGCCAAGGCCCAAACCUUGAGGUCAAACACUACAACCUCCUCCUCGUCACUCUCUCGAGGAACAACAGCACGAGCAAGCACGUCUGCCAUCAACCGCAAGCAGGCACUAUCCAGAUCCGCUUCGGCGUCCUCAACAUUAUCACGCGCCUCGCGAGCAUCGCCAUCGCCAUCUUCACCUUCUCCUUCAAAAAAGCGCACCCGCGUGCCCAGCGGCUACGCACCACCAUCCACAUACGCGCACCUCUCGCAGCUGCCCGACGCCCUGGCGCCGAACCUCCUGAUCCUCUUCAUCGGCCUGAACCCGGGCAUAUCCACCGCCCAGACGGGCCACGCGUACGCCCACCGGUCCAACCUGUUCUGGAAGCUCCUCUACUCCUCGGGGAUCACGCCGGUGCCCUGCACGGCCGAGGAGGACCGGAGCAUGCCGGCCCGCUACGCGCUGGGGCUGACCAACAUUGUCAGCCGGCCGUCCCGCAACGGCGCCGAGCUCAGCAAGGCCGAGAUGGACGAGGGCGUCGCCGUGCUCGAGGCGAAGUGCGCCAAGUGGCGGCCGGAGGUGGUGUGCAUCGUGGGCAAGAGCAUAUGGGAGAGCAUCUUCCGCGUGAGGAAAGGCCGGGCGCUCAAGAAGGGCGAGUUCUCGUACGGCUGGCAGAACGGGGAGAGGCGGAUGGGCUUGAACGUCCCCGCUGCUGCUUCUGCUGCGGCUGCCUCUCCAUCGACGUCGUCCCUCUCCUCUUAUUUCCAUCCUCCCACCAGUGAUAUCCCGUCAGCGACGACGACGCCGACACAGACAGUCCCAGAUACGGACACCGACCAGCAGCAGCAUGCGCAGCCCUGGCCCGGCGCGAGGAUAUUCGUCGCCUCGAGCACCAGCGGCCUGGCCGCGACGCUCAAGCCCGCCGAGAAGGAGGCCAUAUGGAAGGAGCUCGGGGACUGGUGUGUGGAGCGGCGGGCGCAGCGAGAGAGACAGGGAGCAAGAGCAGGCGGCAAGGCUCAAGGGUCUGAGUAAAAAACAGCAGAAGCUCUAGAAAGUUGGGAAAGAUAUUAGAUAUAUAUAACACCCAUGACGCUGGCGGCGGGAACCAGGGGAUGACUGUGAAGAACGGGAGAUCAAUGCAAGUCAAUGCAAGGUUCAUCUUGGAGGUUUUUUUUUUACGCACGAACUUGACCCCGUCUUGCAUCGUUGCUGGGCCGCGUACUCUUGCGACUGGAAUUGAUGGCUUGCGAUAUAGAUAUCUUACUUGGAAAUACACCCGUGAUCGUCA